AUGUCUCAACUUGAGGUUCUCGCCGCUCUAAGCCCUGUUGCUUUUGAGUACGAUGUGAAUGCGUGCUCCUCGUCUCUUCCAGCCUCGUUUCCGCGUUCCCACCAGGAGAGGAUAUUGGCGAAUGCAUUGAUCAAUGGUUUGAUAACCGCCCCCCAUAUCGCCCACGGGCACGAUACCCCCCUUGCGAACACUCAGGAUGGCGAAGCUCAGGAUGAUGCCGAUGUGACCAUUCCUGGACUCCCCCCUCUGCUUCGUGGGCACCCGAAUAUCCAUCUAAGGAAUGGCGUUAUAAACGCCCUUCAUCUUGCCAUCGCCGGCGAGAGCGACGCAGAGAAGGCGUUCUUCGUGGCAGAUCUCAGCCGAGUGCUGCAGCAACACAAGCGAUGGAUGGCCAACCUGCCGGAAAUCCAACCUUUCUAUGCUAUCAAAUGCAACCCCGACCCCUUUGUCCUACGCCUUCUCGCGGGCCUCGGCGCAGGGUUCGACUGCGCUUCCAUGGGAGAAAUAUCGCAAGUUACGAACGUCGGCGUCGACCCCUCCAGGAUCGUCUUCGCGAACCCAUGCAAAGCCGUGUCCUUCAUCCGUAACGCAGCCAAGGCUGGCGUUGACAUGAUGACAUUCGACAACACCGACGAACUAUACAAGAUCGCACGCUGCCAUCCAUCUGCCAAACUGGUCGUGCGCAUCCUAACAGAUGACUCAAAGAGCCUGUGCAGGCUGGGCCUGAAGUUUGGCGCGCCGCUUGUCACUGUGCCUUCGUUGCUGGGAAAGGCGAAGGAGCUGGGAUUGGAUGUCGUUGGUGUGAGUUUCCAUGUGGGAAGUGGGUGCUACGAUUCGUUGGCUUUCGCAGACGCCGUCAUGCGCGCUCGUUCGGCAUUCGACAUGGGCAAAGAAGUCGGGUAUGAUUUUACCCUCCUCGACGUUGGAGGUGGCUUCGAGGAUGACACCUUCGAGACUACAGCUUCCAUUCUGAAGAAUGCGAUCAAUGAGCACUUCCCGGACAGGGCCCACAUCAGAAUAAUUGCGGAGCCUGGCAGGUUCUACGUCUCCAAGGCAUUCAGUAUCGCGGUGAAUGUGAUCGCUCGUCGCGCACCUCCGACUUUGGAAGAAGAUUCCCCUGAGGAUGAUGUGGACCCUGAGCACCCUAGGGUGAUGUACUACAUCAACGAUGGCGUCUAUGGGUCCUUCAAUUGCAUUCUAUUUGAUCACCAAGCUCCGCAGCCGUAUGUGCUAUCGCUGAACGGCUCUUUCCAUGUGCCCGCGAGCGUGCCUCUCCGUGCAAGCAGCGUGUGGGGUCCGACUUGCGAUUCUAUCGACUGCGUCUGUCCGGUGACGCAGCUUCCCAGCAGCCUGCAGGUCGGAGAUUGGCUUGCGUUUGACAACAUGGGGGCAUACACCCUGUGUGCGGCGAGCCAGUUCAAUGGGUUCGACGUCAGCAAGGUUAUCUAUACCGCUGGGAGCGGAGUCAGCGCGGUGGAGGUGCGGGAUGUGCUGAGGGCGUUUGAAAGUUAG